UUCAAUGAAAACCGAGAAGGGAUACGAUUGGCUGUCCAUUCUGCCCAACGUCGAGAUACAAAACCAGGAGACGCCUCUACCCCUCAGGACUUUUAGCUGCACGCAAGGUACAACACUCACUCGUGGAAAUCACACCAGCAAAGUUGGGGUUUUUUUAAUUUACUGCAUUUCAUAAUUUGUUACCACGCUUAUGUGAUGGUAUCGCCUUCAAGAGACAGGCGUGCAUUGCAACCACAAUCUAUAGCGACAGAAUACUGUACCUAGAUAAAACCUCCCAACUGUCAGGCACCUUUGAAGUUAUGGAUCGUUGUCAGCGAAUGUUUGUCCUUCUUCUGGGAUGGAGUUGUCUGUGCUGUGGAUAUUGUGCUGUUCUGAAAGAUCACUUUAUCGGACUAACGAAGGACGUGGAAUUUGGGCAUCAACUAGGCAUCGAGAAUAAGCAUCAUUCUAAGAACACGGCACGCGGCUUUUCUGCGCAGGACACGGUGUCAGAGCACAUGCAGAUGCUCUACACAAAGUACAACAGUGCAGGAUUUCCCAUGAAAGACGGGAAUACAGUCCGCAGUUUUAAAGCGCAUGCCGGCACUAUCAGCAAUCAGGAGCUUCAAAUCUUCAACCUAACUUCCCUAACGAAGUCAGAAGAUGUUCUUUCAGCAACUUUGCACUAUUACAUUGGUGACGUGCAGGGCAGAUGCAUGCGGCCCAGGAGUUGUGCUCGCCCCAGUGUCAGGCGGCAGGCCCACACUCAGCUCAGCAUCUGGAGCUUCACUCCUGCAGACAACAGUGUCAGGAGUCUUGGACGUUUCCUGAUCAAUGCUUCCUCGAUGUACCGGGACUUCACGUCUUGGCAGUGGAAGGACAUCACCAACGUGGUCAACCAGGCGAAGCAUAACGGUGAGCUUCUCAUCGGCAUCACCAUCGAGUCGCAGGGGCGACAGCCUUGGAAGAGGCCCCUGCUGGACCCUUCCCCCUACAUCUUGGUUUAUGCCAACGACUCGGCCAUCUCUGAGCCCGAAAGCGUGGUGUCCACUCUCCGGAGACACAGAGGGGGCCUGGUACCUGGUCUCCGCAAGCUCGGACUACGGAACCGCAACGCCUCCUCGCCACACAGGCUGAAGCGGUCGGCCGACGUUCUCCUGCCGCUACAGAACAACGAGCUCCCAGGUCCGGAGUAUCCAUACGAGGCGCCCAGCUGGGAUGAGACCACAUCGUACGAAGAGGCCGGGAAGAAGCCGACCAAGCAGCCACGGAAGAAGCCCCGCAGGAACCAGCAGCACAAGAACGCACUUCUGCAGUUCGAUGAGCAGACCAUACAGAAGGCCCGCAAGAAGCAGUGGAACGAGCCUAAGAACUGCGCUCGCAGAUACCUGAAGGUGGACUUCGCCGACAUUGGGUGGAGCGAAUGGAUUAUCUCUCCCAAAUCUUUCGAUGCGUAUUACUGCUCAGGUUCCUGCCAGUUUCCGAUGCCUAAGGCCCUGAAACCGUCGAACCACGCCACCAUCCAGAGCAUCGUGCGGGCUGUGGGUGUGAUCCCUGGCAUUCCUGAGCCCUGCUGUGUUCCAGAGAAGAUGUCCUCCCUCAGUGUCCUCUUCCUCGACGAGGACAUGAACGUGAUCCUCAAGGUCUAUCCGAACAUGUCUGUGGACUCCUGUGCUUGUAGAUAACGCUCUUACAGUUUUGUCCUUCAGAAUCUUCCCCCCACCUGGCCCCUGUUUUGCACUGGACAAAAGACUAUAUCCCUAUAGCUACCUGUAGAUGACUUAUUCCAUUACAUUAUGAGGAUGACUGUCUUUGGUUGGGGUUCUAUUUGGGGGGUUAAGCUUGAAGUCUGAGGGUGCACCUCAAGGAAACUGCACAAGCUCCCUUGUUUUCAAGAAGUUUGCAGAGUCACCCCAUUGAACAGUUCUAUGUUGAGAUGGUGGUAAUGAACUUCUGAAGAAACCUCUCCUUUUUGUGCAUUUUCCUUUGAUGAGUAGCUUUUGUGCUUGAGUGUGUGCGUGGGUGCGUGUGUGUGGUGAAGGUUUUUAGAACAAACAUAUGCUGUCAACCAAUAUUAAUUAAACUCUGUACAGUUUUAUUUUGCUCUCAUUAUUAUGCGCAUAUGUCUAUAUUAUAUUAUACUAUUAUGUUAAAAUAUGUAUUGGCAAAUUACUUUUAAUAUUCUUAUCUAUUGCUGCUAUACACAAGAGGUAUAUUUCAUUUCAAUGCCAAAAUAUGGUUCAGAGGACUUUUCUUUAAAAAAGUAUUCUCUGUAUUUUUUACAUAUACUUUUAACAACAAUUAAAUGUAUUUUGUACAAUAAUAAUUUACUAAGCUAUUCAGAGUAACCAUUGCUUCUUAAUGUUUCACAAACUAUUCUUAAUCUUAGUAUCCUGUAUAUUUGGUAAAUCUAGUUUUUAAAAGUCUUCAACUCCAAAUAAAUAAAGCAAUAUUUAUUUAUACUGAAGAAUUUUGUAGGCAGAAUUAGUGUAGGUAGGGCUCAUUAAAGGAAAUAUGAAUCAAAUUAACUUUAACUGUCAUAAUAACAGUGGGCGUGUAUACAGCACAUUUAUGUCAUAUGUCCUACAGUGACAUACAGUAUUCAAUCUGGUUCCAGUCUGAUUCCUAUGGUCCUUAAUAAU